AAAAUACCGAGUGUCAUCCUGCAGUGUUGUCAACUAGUUAACCAAAACUGCUUUAUUCAUUAAUCGAGGAUACAAUAUAGUCUGUUAAUUAACACAUCGGCAUAUAACGGGACCUACGUAUAAUCGGCUACGAUUUAUAUCACGUUCAAAUUUCCCGCUCCGCUUCCCUAACCUUCCAUCUCCACCAGAUUCAUUUCUUCCAUUUUUUCUAUUUCUAUUCCUAAAGCUGCUAACAAUUAACGUUAUUCCAUUCGUUGAAUUAACUAUUAACAUAAUAUUUCGAUCACCAAUUAACAAUCACUGAUAACAGCUUCGAAUAGUCUUUGUCUUGAAAUGUAACCAUAACAAAUUAUCGUUGCAUGUAUGUACAUGAUGAGAUAAUUUAAACAAUCAGAUAUAACUAAUUAGGACUGUAGAAAUUGUAUUGCAAAACAGUAUCUGAUAAUAAAACGAUGAAUACGAUAACAAAAGUCUUUCUUUCGUACUGUCGAAGCAACGUAUAUUUGAUCUUCGGCAUGUGCUUCGGACUAUGCAUAAGCUCGUUUUUUACACCGACCAAUGACGGGGACUGUCUAGAGACGGUGGAAGAUCUUGCACCUCCUUUAAGCGUGCCAAAAUUCAGCGACAUUUACGAGCCAAAGAUGAACCUUGAGGGAAAGCCGUUGCGGGCCAAGAAAACUCCCAAGGUUUUCAUGCGCCCUAGAUACUAUUCGACAGAGCUCGGCAUAAGGGAGAAAUUAUUUGUCGGAGUACUGACGAGUCGAGAAUAUCUUUACAGCCGAGGCGUAGCUCAGAACAAAACCAUUGCUCAUCUCGUAGACAAAAUCAGAUACUUUAUAUCGAUAACGGAAGGAGCUAAACCAAAUGUUUCGCUGCCUGGGAUUGUCGGCUUCACAGAUACCAGAAGCAUUUUGAAACCAUUCCAUGUACUCAAAUACAUAACAGACAAUUACCUCGAGGAUUACGAUUACUACUAUUUAAUCAAAGAUUUGACCUAUGUAGAUGUUAGAAAAAUGACAAAGCUUGUAAAUAAAAUCAGCAUCAGCCAGGACGUUCAUCUGGGUGUUGCCAGCAAAUUUGGUACCUAUUGCUCUCUGGAUUCAGGUAUCUUGCUGAGUAAUUCAGUGAUCCGAAAGAUGAAAAAUAACUUGGACUGGUGCGUCAGAAACACGUAUUCCGACUCCGACGAUGUUAACUUUGGUAGAUGCAUCGUUCACUCUUCAUCUCUGCCUUGUAGCGAUGCUAUUCAAGGACAAACGAUCAAAUCCACAGUGCUUAAUGAAAGCUUUGCCCUGGAGACAAAUCUUUACGCAUCUAUAGCUCAGAAUUACUCGGAAUCUCCAAUCAGUGUUUAUCCUGUUUUUGACCAUUCAACCAUUUACAAACUCAACGCUUAUAUUGCCAGGCUGGAGCUAACAGCGGUCAUAGAUCAAAUAUCCACUUUGCGUCAAGAGAUAUUGAAGACUGCCAAAUUAGAACCAGAGAAGGAUCAUAGCGUGACUUGGCCUAUUGGCAAUCAACCAGGGAACAAGCCUCCUGGGCGAUUUGAUAUCGUCAAAUGGUCUUACUUCAAUGAAACGCACAUGGCUUCAGACAAGAGUUUGAAAAACAUGCAGAAGUUCGAAGGAAGCGUCAAAGCAGAUAUAGAGUAUGUGAUAAAGGCAGCAACCGACAGAAUCGAAGGAAAUUACAAGGGGAUGUUGGAGUACAAAAAAUUCUUAAACGGCUAUAAAAGGUACGACGCUUCGAGGGGCAUGGAUUAUAUUUUGGACUUGGUCUUUGCUGAGACAAAAACCAAGGAGGAGUUAGUGAAGAGGGUCGAGAUCUGUAAGCCACUUGGCAAAGUAGAGAUUUUGACAGUUCCAUAUGUAACUGAGAAUGCCAGAGUUCAUUUGAUUUUAACAGUUAACAAGUUUCAAAAGAACGAAACUAUCAAAUUUAUGUCACACUACGCUCAAACCUGCAUGGAGAAAAAAGACAAAACGUUUUUAAUGGUGGUGCUUCUUUAUGAUGUAAAUUCACCAUCGAAAGACAAAGACGAUGUGUUUUUCGAUGUAAAACAGCAUGCUUUGUCAUUGACAGAGAAAUAUAAAAAGGAUCAGUCUAAGGUUACCUGGCUUUCCAUCCGCUUGCCAUCGAGCGUGAGUUCGAUUGAACUGGAGCCAAUGUUAAAAAUCGCUGUAACAGACUUGGUGGUCAGGAAAUUUUCCCCGGAAAGUUUAAUUUUAUUUGUUGAAACUGAAAUGGAGCUGAAAGUUGAUUACUUGAACAGAGUACGAAUGAAUACCAUUAGCCAAUGGCAAGUAUUCAGCCCAAUGCCUUUUGUCGAAUAUCACCCAGAUAUCGCUUACUCGGAAUCAAAAGCCAAAGAAAACGAAUUAGACAUAAACAGAAACUAUGGAAGAUACGACGAGUAUAAUUUCAACCAUGUUGCAUUUUAUGCCAAAGAUUACACAUCGAUACGGAAAUUGGCAGAAAGUAUAAUUCCACCUGUCCGAGCGGAUCGAGAUAUCGCAACAGUUUUAAAGCCAUCCGAACAGAAUUUAAUUAAUUCUGUAUUUGAACUAUUUAUUUUGUUUGGAGAUUUGCACCCGUUUCGCGCACUAGAACCUGCAUUGAAGAUCCGGUACAAAGAAAUGAAUUGCAGAGGAACUCAAAGUGACGUAACACAUAUAGAUUGUAUGAAAGCUCGUAGUUUAAACCUUGGUAAUCGUGGGCAGCUUGCCAAACUCAUACUGCAGUAUCAGCAUAGCAAUUAAAUCCUAGAAUAAUUAUUAUGCAUGAAUUAAAAACAUAAAGAGAAAUGCUAAAGGAUAAUAAUAUAUUGUCAAUUUAUACGUUGAUUGAAAUAAAGUAUAUUGCCGUUAACAUAUCAA